AUGCCAAAAACGAAAAAAGCCCUCACAACCAAAGAUGUGCCUCCUCAAUUCCUUGAGGCUGCGUUUCUCGUCGGCCAUAUCCCGCAAAUGGCAUUACAGUCCGACCCACGCAUUUCCUACUCCUUAUACAUCCCACCUUCGCCAUACAAAUCACUUGCUGCCGCCGAAAGCAACAACAUGAAUAAACUAGCACUUCUAGUAAACAUACAUGGAACACGACGCAACCUCUCCGCCAUAUACGGCGAUCUAAAAACNUUUGCCGACUCUACACCUUGUGCGGUUUUGCAGCCUUUGUUUGCAGCUGGUAUUGGAGGACCCAAUGACUUGGACUCGUAUAAGAAGCUCAGAUCCAGGAGUUCGUCGUCAGAUGUAGCUUUGCUGUCGAUCCUUGAUGAAGUUGGCUUGCGCUGGCCGCUUAUUGACACCAACAGAAUCUUCCUAAUGGGGUUCUCUGGUGGUGGACAAUUCGCACAAAGGUUUAUGUAUGUGUGGCCUGGGCGAUUGUCUGCGAUUAGCAUAGGAGCUCCUGGAAAGGUGACGCUUCUUGAUGACCAACAAAAGUGGCCCAGAGGCGUUAAGGAUAUUCAAGAGAUAUUCGGCCGAGAGAUCGACUUGGAUCUGGUCAGGACUGUGAACAUCCACAUGGUUGUCGGCAGCAAAGAUACAGGAGCUCAUGGUGGUGAUGAGUUUAAACAAUGGCAACAAAAGAUGAAGAAUAAAAUCAAAGAUACUGGCUCUGAUGAAGAUGCUUUGACCAACAAUAUCGAGUCUUCGGGAACUGGACAAGGAAGACUGGGUACUUUGCAAGACUUGCAGAUGGCUUGGGGAGAUCGAGGUAUUGGAGCUCGUCUUGAUAUCGUGGAUGGUGUUGCCCAUUCAGCUGAUGGAGUUCGAGGCUGUGUUUUGGAUUUCUUGCGACCUCUCAUGCAAAUCGCUGGCACGGCUCAGACUUCCUGA